GAAGAAGAAGAAGAAGAAGAAACGUUGACUAGCUUAGCUUCAGCAGUAAACCAUAUUAAACAUUGUGCAAAGCACUUGGGGUGUUUCAGGCUAUUUGUUCGAUUGGAGAUAUUGUUUCUGCUCGCUUCUUUCGAGCCGCUGAAAUUAUUGUUUUAUUUUCUGCGGAAGUUAACUGUACAUCAGAUGAUUAGCUUUGAUUAGCAAGGCGAAUGGGCUGUUAGCCACCGUGGAGCUAAAGCUGCAAACAGCAGAGACGUAAUCUGCAUUUUAUGCGUUAAUGUUUUUAAAACUCCAAAUUUUAGCGCUACAAGACGAAUCCAUAUUCCGACUUAAUGAGAGUAUGCGGGGAAGACUCCAUCCUCCGUGGACACCUCCUCUAACCUUGUUGUCCAGCUGAGGACCGAGAGACUGGGGACAGUUCCAGAGAGGACACAGAGCUGCUGACCAAGGAAUUGUGAAAAGGAGAAUCCCAAGUGGAGCAAGGAAGGUCUGAGAUGAUGAAGGUUGAAGCAGAGGACCAUGGAGGACCCAGUCUGGUGUCCUCCGUACCUGCAGCAUCCUCAUCAGAACUGGAGCAGAAACAAGACAGCAACGAUCUCAAUAAACAGCAGCUGUUGGUUGUUAAAGAAGAGGUUCCUGAUCUUUGGAGCUCCAGCUUGGACCAGCAGAACCCAGAACUCCUCCAGAUCAAGAAGGAAGAGGAACGGUGGAAUCUCGGGGAAGGAGAGCAAACUGCUGUGAAGACUGAGCAUGAAGUGAAUCAGCAGUUAUCAAAACUUCAUCAACUCAAAACUGAAGACAACAGAGAGACAGAAGCUCCAACCUGCAGCUCAGCUAUACCAGUGAAAACAGAACAUGGUCAAAAGGCCUGUGGAGAACCAAGACCAGACUGUAACCCAGAUCCAAAUACUCAAAUACAGCCAAAUACUGAUAGAAAAUCCUCAGAUUCUUCUGAGACUGAACACAGCUCGGAGGAUGAUGAUGAUAAUGAUUACAACCUUUCAGGUUCUGGAUCUGAAACUAAAGAUAAUGUAACCAGGACUCUUCAGUCAGGGGUAAACAGCAGUGUGGGAGAUAAAACUCUCCAGAAACCCUUUAGCUGCCCAGAGUGUUGUAAACAAUUUACGUAUCGGCAGUCAUUCCUGAAACAUCUGAAGUGUCAUUCAGGAGAAAACACUGAUCUGAAACAAUCAGAAUACCAAGCUAAGAAGAGAACUUUUAUUUGUAAAGACUGUGGUAAAGCUUUUAAGGUUCUUUGUCAUCUUAAAUCACAUGGAACCAUCCAUACCAAAGAGAAACCAUUCGCUUGUUGUGAUUGUGGUAAAAAAUUCAGGCAAGCACACGUUCUUAAACAUCACAUGAGAAUCCACACUGGAGAAAAACCAUUUACUUGUGAUGUAUGCGGUAAAACAUUUAGCCUCAAGAACAAUCUAAAAGGUCACAUGACUUACCACAUAGGAGAGAAACCAUUUCAGUGUGAGGAAUGUGGUAAAAAAUUUACCCUCAAAGGAACUCUGAAGAACCACAUGGCGAUUCACAAAGGAGAAAAACCUUUUACCUGCAGUAGAUGUGACAAAUGUUUUCGACUUCGUGGUGAUCUUCACACUCACAUGUUAACCCACAUAGGCUUGAAACCGUUUGGUUGCAGUUAUUGUGGAGCCAGCUUUACUCAGCAGGGAGCUCAGAUGAGACACAUUAGACGCCACACAAGUGAAAAACUGUUUGCGUGUGAUAAGUGUGAUAAAAGGUUUUAUUACAACUCGGAGCUAAUGCAUCACAUGUCAACUCACUUAAGAGAGCGGAAGGUAGCCAUUGGAAAAAGAAAGUGGGUCUGUAAGGAAUGUGGAAAAAAAUAUAUGCGAAAGGUGCAUCUAAUAGCACACAUGUGUACCCAUUCAGGAGAAAAACCUUUUACCUGCAGUGUUUGUAGUGCACGUUUUACACGCAAGGAUAGCCUCAAAAUACAUACAAAAGUUCACAGCCAAUAGAAACUUCUCAGUUUAACAUUUAUUUAAAAUACUUUUUAAAGGAGUCAUCGCCUGGAAAUCGGACUUUCAUGUUAAAUCUCGUGUGUUGGUGUUGAGCCUCCGUUUAAACCUUCCAGAAAAUCAGGAGUCUGAACGUGACAUGGUGUUUUUCUGUGUGGGCUCUUUGUACAAACCAGAAAAACCCACAAGCGCGUGCUCUCUACCAAGCGAGAUUUUGGUGCUCCUCCUUGGUUUACAUCACUCACCGAAGGACGGUAAGCCACUCCUGCCUCUCAUCAACCAAAUCUCCCCUGAAAGUCUUUGUAUGCGCGUCACAUUUUGCCCCAGAGUGUUUCGUUAACCUGGGACAAUACCAGGUGGAGAUGGCAUCUAGGGUUGGGCGAUAUGAAGAAAAUCCAAUAUCACGAUAUCUUUGGGCUAUAUCGCGAUACACGAUAUAUAUCACAAUAUG